GCCAUAAAUGAGGUUUUGGACAACAGUAAUCUACCAGUUGAGAUUGUGGAUGGUUUUAUAGAUGAAAUAGCUGUAUCUAUACCAUGGACAGCUCUCAUACAGAGCAGUACAGAGAUGGAGAUCCGGGGGCUGGAACUGACCCUACAGCCAAAACAGAGGAGCAGCAAUGCCCAAGGCCUGGAGACCAUGUUUUGCAGUAUGAACAGUAGCAUGACCACCAGUCUACAGAUAGCAGAGGAGUGUCUGAAGGAGGACCGAGCCAAACCGUUCAGAGGUCGUGAAGGCAGCCUCGGAGAUGAUGGGGGUCAGCAGUUUGAAGGAGUACAGAAGUUUGCUCAGACUAUCGAUUCAGUGCUUUGUAGGGUGAAAGUUACUUUGGUGGACACUGUGAUACGACUUGAGCACCUCCCCAACAGUGCUGAAACAGGGGUGGCACUAGAAAUCAGGAUCAAAAGAAUGGAGUACUUUGAUGACAUGGCUGAGGGAUCUUCAGUAGACAAUACUGAAUUUGCUAAGAAUUGGGAGCCUGCAGCUGUGGCCCACAAGAAUUUCCUGAUGGAGGGCAUGCAUAUUCUGAUUGACCACUUCUCCCGUAACUCGCGUCCCCACAGCAACCACUCCGACUCAUCCUGCUCAUCACCUCAG